AUGCUGGAACCACUCUCUCCAGCCCAGUGCUCGUCAGACACGAGCCGGAUCACGAUCGACGAGGCGAUCCCGCGCCGGCCUCCCUCGGACAGUGACCCCACCACCUGGUCCCCGUGUCGAAAGUGGCUCUACACCCUCCUCGUUGGUCUCACGAUGUUCAACGGAUCGUUUGCCUCGACAGCUCCUAACGGUGCAGGCGAACACAUCGUACGUCACUUUGCUCUGACCGAUGAGGAAUUCGUUCUGGUCUCGACCUCCUUCGUCGGCGGAUGUGUAGCGGGCCCCAUCGUCUGGGCGCCGCUCUCGGAAGUCUAUGGCCGUCGUGUGAUCAAUCUCGCUUCCAUGAUGCUCUACGCCCUCAUCAACAUCGGAUGCGCUUUGGCUCCCAACAAGGCCGUCCUCUUCGUCUGCCGUCUGCUCGCUGGAACCUUUGCAUCGUCGGCAUUCUCCAACGCCGCCGCAGUCGUCACCGACCUCUUUGCUCCCAAGGACCGCAGCAAUCCCAUGAUCAUCGCUUCACUCGCACCGCUCCUCGGUCCCAGUGUCGGGCCUUUGUUCGGUGCGGCCGUCACCUCGAGGCUGCCGUGGCCGUUUGUCUUUUGGCUGUUCGGCGCCCUCGGCCUCGUGCUUGAAGUCGCGCUGCUGUGCCUGCCAGAGACCUACUUGCCGGUCAUCAUGAACAGAGGGAACGCUCAAUCGAGCGAGAAAGCCAACCGCUCAUUCAUGCGCAAGGUCCUCUCCUUUUGCAUUGUCGUUCUUGGAAGGCCGAUCAACAUGAUGCUUCGCGAGCCCAUCAUCAUGUGCGCCACCUUCUAUCUCUCCUUCUUUUUUGCAUUGAUGUACAUCUUCUUCGCCAGCUGGCCCUUGAUCUUUGGCCCUCCCGGAAUUUAUGGACUGGACGCUGUACACAGUGAGCAAGCUCUUUCGGUCAAUCUUGUAGUUAGAGUGGCUAACUUGAUACCCACGACGGAACCAGCGGGUUUCACUUUCCUACCUCUUGCCCUUGGCGGAGUGCUGGCUGCCCUUGUGAUGCCCUUCUGCGACCGUUUCUAUCUGCAGCGAUUCCGUUCCGCCCGCUCGCAUGCGCCCGAAGCGAGGCUGCUCUCGACCUUCCUCGUCAGUCCGCUAGUUGCAGCUGGCCUUCUAUGGGCGGGCUGGCUGGGCAGGACGAGCAUUCCAUACACGAUCACCAUGCUCGCCGGAUUGCCGAUCGGCGCAGCGAUGACGCUCGUCUUUCAAGGAUGGGUCGGAUACUUGGGAGACUGCUACCGGCUUUACUCGUCGUCUGCCAUCGCUGCCACGGUCAUCGGCAGGUCCGUGUCUGGCGCAACGAUCCCGCUCGCUACGCACCAGAUGCACGAGAAGCUCGGCGGCGUCUGCUACCUGUACACGAUGCUCGCAGGACUGGCACUGCUCACGACGCCUGCGCCUUUUCUAAUCUUCCACUAUGGUGAAAGACUGCGUUCUCGCUCCAUGUACCGGACACCUGGCUGCUCAUAG